AUGUCGGCUCGCAGAGCUAGAACAAGAGGUCGCGGUCAGAGAUGGGGGCCGAAUCCUCCACCUCCAUCUCCGUCACCCCCUCCUUCACCACCAGUACCUUCGCCUCCACCAUCCCCACCUGCUGGAGAUAAUGCUUUGGAUAUGAGGCAUGUGCUCAGCCAGUUUACUCGUACAAUGGCUACAGCCUUACGGGGAAGGCGCGGUACUGAAAGCUCUGAAAUUAAGAUAGUUAAAGAACUUGGGGCAAAAGAAUUCGUGGGUAGUACAGACCCAGCAGAAGCAGAAUCAUGGAUUACUGAUGUGGAAAGAAUUUUUGAGGUUUUGGAAUGCCCAGUUGAGGAUAGAGUCCGCUUGGCUACCUUUCUACUCAAGGGCAAUGCUUAUCAUUGGUGGAAGGCAGUAAAAAGAGGUUAUGAAAAUCCGGCUGCCAUAAAUUGGGAAGAAUUUCAGCGAAUCUUUUCAGAGCAGUUUUACCCACCUUCUUAUAGACAUGCAAAGAAGUCAGAGUUCCUCUACCUGAAACAGGGGUCUAUGUCAGUAAUGGAGUAUGAACACAAGUUUAAUGAGUUGUCAAGAUUUGCUCCAGAGCUGGUUGCCACAGAGGAGGACAGAUGUAGACGAUUUGAGAAAGGUUUAUGGUGGGAAAUUCAGGCAGUGGUUACUGCUAACACUUAUCCAAAUAUGAGGGCGUUGGCUCAGGCAGCUGAAAGGGUGUCAAGGAAACUCGGUGGAAAUGUGGGUAGGCGCCGUAGGGAUACCCCAGGAGUUGGUGGGCCCAGUCAGGGUCCAUCAAAGAGGGGAGGAUCUAGUUCCAGUUCUGCUAGCGGUGGAUGGUCAGGAGGACGGGGAUCUAGUUCUAGUAGUGGAAGAUCUGGUUCUCGUCCAGCUUGGACUCAGUAUUCAGGGCCACAGUCUACAGCUAGUACUGCCAGGACUCCUUCCAGGCACACUGGGGUGACAUGUUUUAAUUGUGGACAAGUUGGGCAUAUUGCAAAGGAUUGUCCCAGCUAUACUCAGGGAGGUGGACCGAGUCAGAGUAGUAGCCUGACAUGCUACUUUUGUGGGCAAGUGGGGCAUACUAAGAGAAGCUGCCCAAUUAUACUCCAGAAUGAUGCAGCAGUCCAGGGGACUGGGGCCCAGUAG